GGGGAAUUUUCUGGGAUAUAAAGUCCUCAUCCAACUCCUAUGACUGGGAGGUUAUCAGAUGAGGUUUUUUUUUUGAUAUCAAUUGCUGUCCCUCGGAUCUUGGUCCUAGUUUUGAGCUUCAAUUCCCGUCUGAAUAGGAAAAUCUAAACAAACCCAUCCCAUAAAAAUCAACUUCUCAAGCAGAAUGGCUCUGAAGAUUGCUCUUGCCGGUGCCACCGGUAACCUUGGGGGCCCUGUUCUGAAAGCUCUUCUCCAUGCCAACCUCCAUGUCACUGUUCUCUCUCGAAUUGGGGGAAACUCAUCAAAAAUAGCACCUCAUUCAAACCUCACAGUCAAGGAGGUCGAUUUCAAUUCCGUCCAGUCUCUAGUUCCCGCCUUAGAGGGGGUCGAAGUCGUGGUUUCUUGCCUUGCCACUUUAGCCAUAGGCAGUCAGAAUCCCUUGAUUGAUGCUGCUGAGGCUGUAGGCGUACGGCGAUUUAUUCCCGCUGAAUUUGGCAUGGACUCUCUCAAUCCAUUAUGUGUGCAGUUGCCCGUAUGCGCUCCAAAAGCUGCAACACAGCGAUACCUUAUUGAGAAGUACAGCGCAAACUCUACUUUCACCUAUACUGCUAUUGCCAAUGGACUGUUUCUCGACUGGGGUCUCAAAGUUGGCUUUAUUGUGAAUCCAUCCAAACACACUGCGACAUUGUAUAACGGCGGCGAUGUCCCUUUCAGCGCCACAAAUCUCGCCGAUGUAGCACAGGCAGUCUUGGGCAUAGUCAAAAACCAAGCUCAAACGGCCAAUCGAGUUCUUUAUAUUCAUUCUACAGUGACUACGCAGAAUAAACUGAUUCAGUAUGCAAAGGAAAAGGACGGAAAAGAAUGGAACACAAUUUGCAAGAGUACGGAAGAAGUCAAACAGGAAAGUGAAGCCGAACUAAACAAAGGGGGAGAAGGAAACAUCAAUGCGGCCAUGGAUGGAUUUUGUAUUUGUGCAUGUUGGAAUCCCGACUAUGGUUGUGACUUUUCGGGCCAUUUGGAUAACGAGUUACUGGGCAUAAAGACGCUCGAUGAAAGUGAUCUGAGGGCUCUGAUCGAGGACUUCCUGGGCUGAUGGCAAAUUUUACACCGAUCUGGUUAAAGAUCUAGCUAGAGAUCAAUUUUUUAAUCCCACGAGUUUACCUACAUGAAAGCGAUGUGCAGUGCUAAUAAGGC